AUUUGUUUACAUCAACAUUUGGGUGGAUUUUUCGCAUCUCGUUGGUGCCCGGCACAGCUCCACAUUCUAGACCCGCAAUCUUCCAUCAUGAGCAAACUGUUUAACGAUGGCGAGUGGGAAGAUGAUUUACCAACAGUUGGGACAAACUUUCGAUUUACCAAAAAACGUGAAGACAAGAAGCAGAAAAAAGAGAAAUCCCGCCCGGUAGAUGCACACCAAGUUGAGAACGGAAAUCAACAGCAGAAGAACGGUAGCAAACAACCAGCCGGCUGGUCUGUACUGUUGAAGAAUUCAAAAAGCAACACUAAUUUAAGUAGUUCAUCCAAUGAAAAGAGCAACAAGCUGAAAGGCAGUAAGAGAAAAGCCGAUAAUGCUGCAGGUGUAAACGAUGGUAAAACGCCUACCAAAAAGAUUAGACCGAACGAAGCUGUGAAGGUAAAUGGCGCGGCAAAACAAAACGGUGACCCAUCAACCUUGAACCGGCCCAAUGCAAGUGCUAAUUCCACUGGGAAACAGGAGAAGAAAAAAUCGAAACCAUUCAAAAAACCUGGAGAAGAUUGUACCAAUUUAAGGGACAAGCUAGUAGACCGUCUCAAGGGAUCGCGGUUCCGCUUCAUAAACGAGCAGCUGUAUAAAAUACCGGGCAAAGAAGCUAAAAAACUGUUCCAAGAAGAUCCGGCUUCCUUCGACGCUUACCACGAAGGCUACCGUCAGCAGGUAGAGCAAUGGCCCAUGAACCCGCUGAAUCGUAUGAUCAAAUGCAUACUCAAACUUCCCAAAGACACGAUCGUUGCCGAUUUCGGCUGUGGGGAUGCCAAGUUGGCGGCCUCCGUACCGCAUAAGGUAUACUCGCUGGACCUGAUGGCGAACAACAGCAGUGUUAUUGCGUGUGACAUGGCCAACACACCACUCGAGAGCAAUUUCGUGAACGUGGUUAUAUUUUGCCUCUCGCUUAUGGGUACUAACCUGGUGGAUUUCUUCCUGGAAGCUAACCGCGUUCUGAAGGUUGGAGGCCUCAUGAAAAUUGCAGAAGUAUCUUCGCGCUUCGAUAACGUGAACGUGUUUGUCAGCAAUGUACAGAAGUGUGGUUUCAAGCUGGAAAAUAAGGAUCUGAAGCACAGCUUGUUCUACUUCUUUAACUUCAAGAAGGAGCGCAACGUUUUGAAAGGCUCAACGAACACCAAACAGUUCAGCUUGAAGCCAUGCUUGUAUAAGAAACGUUAGAAAACCUGGGCUCCACCACUACAAUAUGUGAAAAUACAUGUUCUAAGUGACAAAAAAUCUAA